AUGCACGACGCCAUGUCGGAGUACUUGGCUUGCAGGGAUGAAGCACAAAGCCUUUCGUUGCUUCACACCAAGAGCACAUAUCAAGGGCUUGGAAGCCCAGAGGCUUCUUAUCAAACCGUUCUGAAUGCAGCCUUGAAAGAACCCAGGGACCACCACGCUGUGGCAUCAGACUUUGCCUUCAGAACUCGAGAAGUGCUGCCCGUGCCUUUCGAAGUCAGCUUGAAAACCAUUGCCCGCAAGGAAGGUUGGGAGCCUGAGACAUUCAUGGCAGGUGGCGCCACAUGCACGGAUGCCACCAUCAAGGGUAUUCGUGCUUCUAUCAAAGAAUAUGCCCGUCUGCAUUACGGCAACAAAGAAAAGAUGUGCACUUGGCUGAACUGCGAAGAUGACAAGACAGUCACUGGAGAUGGUGCCACGGCGCUGAGUCAUUACACCCAAGUGUAUGGACUGGUGUCGCUUUGUGAGUAUGUGCUCCAGCCGACUGCAAGCAUGUUUUCCAAGAGAAUCCAUGCGACGUGGCAAACAAGGCCAGUGACAAGUGACCCUGAUCAGCAGAGCCAGUCCAGCAAAGAGUUCCUGAUUGACUUCUUUGGUUGGAUGGGGCGCGUGGCAAGCAACCAGGACAAAGACCACUAUUUUGACAAGUUCGCCUUGCCCGUGCUCAGGAAGGCUUUGCAGGGAAUCUCCGACUUCUUUCACGAGAAUCACGAGAAUGUAGAAUACCACUUUCAGAAGGAGAAAGAGGAAAAACCAGCAAAGUACGUCUUGGCAGCAGUCAAAGACCUCUUGAAAGUUGGCAUCUUGCAAGAGGUUGACAAGAAGGAAGUGGAAGAACAGGCGCCCAAACUUAAGGACAAGAAAAGCGCCAAGAGCAAGGAGGCCACGCUAAAGAGCGAGCCACGAGGCCCGCCAGGUGGCCACGCUGUCCUGUACUACCAGACAUGUGCCUGGGAGGGCCUUUUGACUAAUUCGGAAGCUCAAGACAUGAUUGCCAAGCUUCAACUGAGUGCCAAUGAUUUCAAGUAG